AUGGAGAAACUACAUGAGACGUUGAUAAACAUGGAAGAUGCUUUGGGUUCAGAACACCCUAUCUGCUUAUCAUCCUGGGACUGGAAAAAUGCUGCUGGAGCUUUUGAGCUGCACCCUGUCUCAUCUCCACACAGCUUAUCCCCAACGCCUUCCUUCGAAUCCUACUCAUCAUCUCCUUGUCCAGUAGCGGCAGAGACCCCUUAUGGCGGCAGUAGCAGCGGCAGCAGCCUGGUGGGCUAUGGCCUGGUGGACUUCCCCCCUGCCUACCUGCCCAGCCCUGGGCAAGCUCGGCUGCCCAAGGGCACCAAGGUGCGGAUGUCUGCUCAACGCAGGAGGAAGGCCAGCGAGAGGGAGAAGCUGCGGAUGAGGACCCUGGCUGACGCACUCCACACGUUACGCAACUACCUGCCACCGAUCUACAGCCAGCGGGGACAGCCCCUCACCAAAAUACAAACCCUGAAGUACACCAUCAAGUACAUCAGUGAACUGACUGAGCUCCUCAACAGCAUCAAGCGGACAUAG